AUGUCUACGGGACCAACACUGAGAGCUUUGGUGACUGCACGGCUCACGGCGGCUGCGGAGGAGAUAUUUGCGCUGUUUGAAAGAACGAUAGCGGAAUAUGAGGAGGAACUGCGGCUGUGCAAAGAGAAGCAGAGGAGACAGGAGCAGCUGGAGACUCUGAGGCCGAGAGUGAUGCUGCCCAGAGCGGAUUCCCAAACGGACCCCCAGAGUCCUGGCCCCGAUCUGAACCAGGAAAUCCCAGAGACACCACCAAUAAAAGAGGAGCAGGAAUUUAAGAGGGUGAAACGAGAGAAAGAUCGGCGGCCCGAGUCUGUUCCGGAGUCCAGUCCUGUGUCUGUGAAGAAAGAAGAGUCGUCACUGCUUCAACAAACUGAGCUCAGAGACGAAGCUCGUGAUGAAGACAUCAGUGUUCAGCUGCACCGAUGGAAACAGAAGCUGUUGCAGACCACUACCACCACGCCCCAAUCAGGGCCAGAAGCUCUGCUGCACAUCACUCUGUAUAUUGGGACAAAAUACAGUGGAGUGGUGAAGGUGCCUCCACAUCAGCUGAGUAAGAAAGGGGUUCAAGACCAUUUAGAAGCGGCGGUGCUGCGGUUGCGGCCUCUGAACGCUCCGUCUCUGUCUGUGUCCAGCAGAACGGACACUGGGGUCCAUGCUCUGUGUAACUCUGCCCACUUCGAUCUGCAACGCAAAAACAAACCUCCUUUUACUGAAGAGAUUCUGAGGGAAGCGCUCAACUUCCACCUCCGAGAGCAAAGCAUCCGAAUCAACCAUGCGGUGCGAGUCCCUUCACACUUCCACUCGCGGUACCAGGCUCAGAGCAGGACGUACGUGUACAGAGUGGCCCUGGGACCAGACAAGGCCCAGAUCCCCCUCAGCGAGGCGGAGCUCUGCUGGAACCUCGGCACCACGUGA